UUCACUGUUCCUAGACCUGUUGUACCAAAUGAGAUAGACGACCGAGCCAAUUACAUGCGAUCAGACCACGACGAAGGAAUAUUAGAUUGAGGUUUUACAUCUCAUGGCGGAUGAUCACUACCGUAUUGGAGUGGAGGAUGUAGAGGUUGAUGAUGAUGAUUCAUCUGGGGAUGGGGACGAGAUGUAUGAUGUGAACAAGGAGCCUGAUUUGGGUGAGGCAGAAGAUCAGGCUCAAGAUGUUUUGGAUCGUAUGCUUGAUGAGUUUGAAAUUGCAGUUGAACAAGCGCCUCCUAUCGAGAAUGCAAUGUCUGAGUCGUUCGGCGAGGAUCAAAGUGGAGGGGGGGUGAAGGGGCCAGCGCAGAAAAAGCUGAGGGGUCCGACUACAAGUUUCAAGAAACCUGUCGGUCCAAUGGUCUUGGAGUAUGACAGGGUAGGACAACCUAUAGGCAAAUGGCGUCGUCAGUAUGCUGUUCAAGUUGGGAUUUGUGCGCGCAAAAUUCCCAUUACUCUUCGUUUGAGCGAAGUACCUACAGGCUUGAUUGACACGUUUUGGAAUGAUACUGGGGAAAUAAGAGAGCAGAAUUCCAAGAAUGCAUUGCAGAAGCAAUACCACCAUCGUAUGGGGUGUAUGACGUAUGAUGAAUGGAGGGAGACGUGGGUGAGUGAGGGAGUAUACCCCACUUCGCUACUAGGGUCCUCCACUGUGCCCUCUGACUCCACGACCAGUACUUUGGUGAGUCGUGCUGGAGAUUUCUUUUGUUCUUUGCAUUCUCGUGACAAGAAAACCGGAAAAUGGUCCAUCAAGGCUCCGGAAACAAAAGAAAUGGCAGAUAAACUUCUUUAG